AUUAUUAAUGUUUCUUUUUCCUAUAUAAUAGAUGUAGUCCAUAGACCAUAUGAGUUUUUCCAUAGAUGGUUCUUGAGAGUUGAGGGUAUUUGCUUUCAUUCAUGGAACCAUCUUGCAUUUUAUCCAAUAAAAGUGAUGCUCCUGUUUCAGGAACCAACGCAUCUUCAACAAAUCAUACAAAGUAUGAGGAGAUCAUCUCAACCCUUCCUCGAAUUGAAGGUAGAUGGCGACAAUCUCAGCAACUCCGUGAAUACCAAGGCUUUUGGUUCGCUCAAAAUAUGCUUCAAGGUAUCAUGUCUGCACAGGAACAAUUCAAAGCUCAACCUACUGAUAUUUUCAUUUGCAGCCAUCCAAAAUCUGGAACAACUUGGCUUAAAGCCCUGUCUUUUGCCAUUCUGACAAGAAAACGUUUUAUCUAUUCCUCUACAAAUCCUUUACUUUCUGAGCUUCCACAUGAUGUUGUGCCCUUUAUUGAAACUUUAUCCUUCACUGACAUUACCAGCAGAGACCCUGAACUUCCACUUUUGUCCACUCACCUGCCCUACACUUCCUUGCCCAAGUCCGUUGUAGAGUGUAAGUGUAAAAUUAUUUACAUCUGCAGGGAUCCUAAGGAUUUGUUUGUUUCAAUGUGGCACUUUGCUGGUAAGUUAAGAGGUACAAGGGCAGAAACCUUUCCACUGGAGGAGGCAAUUCAGAAAUUUUGUGAAGGACUCAAUCAUGGUGGCCCUUGCUGGGAUCAUGUUUUGGGUUAUUGGAAAGCAAGCCUUCAAUUUCCUGAGAGAAUGCUCUUCAUCAAAUAUGAAGAUCUGCAAAAUGACACCUUCUCCUAUGUCAGGAGAAUGGCAGAGUUCAUGGGUUGCCCUUUCUCCAUGGAAGAAGAAAGACAAGGAUUAGUGCAAAAAGUCGUCGACUUGUGCAGCUUUGAAAUUCUUAGCAAUUUGGAGGUGAAUAAGAGUAAAAAGCACAGCUCUUCAUUAAGACAUUUUUUUAAAGUUGAAAAGAAUGAAUUUUUUAGGAAAGGUAAGGUUGGUGAUUGGGAGAACUAUUUGACAACUGAAAUGGCAGCUACAAUUGAUCAAAUAACUGAACAGAAGUUCAGUGGUUCUGGCUUGUCUUUUAAAGCUCCAUAAACAUCUUUGUGUCAGUGUCAUAAUUUUGCCUGUGUUUUUAGAAUGGUCUGGUAUGCUCUUAUAGCUUAGAAUGAUUGCAGCUAUUAUCUUUAGUUUUUAAUAAAAAUUAAUUUGAAUGUUUAUCACUCUUCUGUGAUCAACCUAAGUAUGUUUUUAAUGAUAUGAAUGAAGGCUUGUACUCGUCUAAGUUUGCAAUAAAAAUUUGUCAGCUAUUCAGUCUUUGGGAUUACAA